UGGAUAGACUUCCGGAACGAUAAUCCGUUUAAUGGUCCACACGUAGAGUUUCAGAAACGAUGAAAUCCAGUUUGCAGCAUAAGCAACUACAUCCAUGUGACCCGUGACAUUAUUACACUCACGUGACGCAUUUAAAGCGACUUGUUUGAGUUUGAUGCGGGAUCAUCAGCUGACUCGACCAUGGGGGAUCAGUUUGUAAGAGAAGUCCUCGGUCUGUGUUUGCAAAGGCUUGCUAUAGAAGAAGCUACUAACUCUGAGCUCGAAUUUAUUGAGGUGGUGAAGAACUUUGAAGCUGCCCGGAAGAAAUGGUUGCACGCAGAGCUGGAGCUGAAAAAACAGAAGGAGCUCCUAGUGAAGUCUGAUGUCGCUCGAGCUGCUCUGGAGGUCAAACUCAAACAUGCUCGAAACCAGCUAGAUGUGGAGAUCAAGAAGCGCUACAAAGCUGAGGCAGACUAUCAGUGCCUGGAGCGGCAGAUGCAGUUGAUAUGUGACGUACUGGUGCAUGACAGCAAGUCAAGUGCCUGUCUCAAUGAUGAGCAGAGGUCAAUGCUGACCAGCUUCAGUCACAAAGGAGCCAGUGUCCCGCAACACCGAGGAAGAAGGUUAUCAGUGAUUGAUGAGUCCUCCUUCCUGUCGCACUCUGACAUUAGUUAUGACAGAACGGAUGAUGAUUUGGACUUGGACAGCACAGCGUUUGUUAAGCCUCUCAAGUCAAGAGCUCGUGAGAGAAGACGUUCAUCAAUGGGCCCAAGUGUUGGUCCUCCGAUUUCAAAACGAGGGAGAAUCAGCGGGCGUUCAGGGGAUCUGCUGGGGACUAGACCACUGGAGAAGGAAAUCGAGACGACUGUUGUGAAGGCGUCUGUCACUACCCCAGAGACUGGAGGUCAGAUUCACAUGGUAAUAGACAUAACCCAGGAGACUCCAGAACAUCCAUCCAGGGCUCUCAGAAAUGAACAUUUUCCGUCUGUUGAUGAACAAACGUCUGUGUGGGCACAUAGUGAAGUCACGGAGGCUGAAACGCUCGUUGAAAUGGAGGUGAUCGCCCCUGAGCCAGCUGUCCCUCAGGACUUCACGCCCACCGUGGAUAAGACUUUGCAGCAUGUAUUCCAACAAAAAACAGUGAUUCGUCCCGAGACAUGUGUACCAUGUGGGAAGAGGAUUCGCUUUGGGAAGAUGGCCAUAAAAUGCAGAGACUGUCGAGUGGUGAGCCAUCCUGAGUGUAAGCAACUAUGUCUGGAGAAGUGCAUCCCUAAUGCUCAUGGUUCAGUUCAGCCCAAAGAGGAGACAUUAGAAAGCUUUGCCCCCUCCACGCGUCCACGGAUUCCCUCUUUGAUUGUUCAGUGUGUUCAUGAAAUUGAGAGAAGAGGACUUGAAGAGAAAGGCAUUUACAGAGUGCCGGGAGGAGAGCGACUGGUGAAGGAACUGAGGGAGAAAUACGUGUGUGGGAAAGGCCCGCUGAUGCUCCACAAAGUAGAAGAGGUUCAUGCUGUCUGUGGACUCCUCAAAGACUUCCUGAGGAAACUCAAAGAGCCUCUCAUAACAUUUAAGCUACACAGAACAUUUAUGGAAGCUUCUGAGAUGGCUGAUGAAGACAAGAGCAUAGAAACAUUAAUAAAGAAUAUCAAAGAGCUGCCGCAGCCUAACAGAGACACCCUGGCCUUCCUAAUCCUGCAUUUGCAGAGGGUAAUGCAGAGUCCGUUGUGUCAAAUGGAUCAGAAUAACUUGUCCAGAGUGUUUGGCCCCACUAUCAUUGGCCAUGGGAUGCUAGAACCUUCUCCCAUGACCAUUAUGAGAGACACAAACACUCAACCCAAAGUAGUGGCUCGGUUACUGUCUUUUCCUUCAGAUUUCUGGGAAGGCUUUCUAGCUGAGGAGAAGAAUCCGCUUGUCUCUCCUGUGGUCGAUUCCAACGUCAGCAAUGUCUGUCCAAGCACUAGCAGAGAUAAGAUAUUCAAACCUCUGACCUCUCCUGAGUUGAGCAAAUAUUCUAAAACUACAUCUGGCGGCUCAAUCAAGGGUCGGAUCAAGCACUUUGGUGGCACUUUCAAUAACCCAAGCAAACCAAGAAAUGAACCAGGAAAAAGGAAGUUCUUCACAUCCCCCAAAUAAUUUAUGUGUGUGUGUAUAAAUGUGUAUUUUGUGUGCCAAGUAGUUGCACAGGGACACUUUGCUUUGGUGGCUUGAACUGUUUUUUCCUACCACUCGAAAUGAAACACUUUAGCACUUUAUAUCCUACCUUGGAAAAUAACUUUUCUUAUGAAUGUAAGUCUGUCCAGAAAGAAAAAAUCUUGGAACAUGAGACCACACUCUUGGUCAUUUUUUGUAGAAGGUUUAAGUGUUUUUGUAUAAAGGAAAUGUCCUGGAAAAUAUCUAAAGGUGGCAUAAACAUGGUGAAAUAAGUGUAUUGAUUUGAAAUAAACUAGAUGAAUUUA